AUGGCCGACACAGAAGCGCCCAGCAUGCUGAGAAUGCCCGAAAUGUCAGACUUUGCUUCGGCAUGGCCGAUAGCCAAGCAGCUGGCAUUCAUUGCGCUCUUCCUGUUCGCCUGGGGUGAGUCCUGGCAUGAAAUUUACGUGAAGACACGAGCGCUGAUUGCAAGCGGGACCAACGAUGUAAAGUUUACAGCUCCUUUGCUGAUCUUGCUGACUGGACUCAUCGCCACCAACAUCCUUGGCUUUUUGGCGUUCAAGAAAGAUGGGCAACUGCUAGAAGCUGGUUUGGCGGUUGUAGACCUAGACUCGCCCUACGUGGUGGGAACUCGUUGUGGCAAGAUCAUCCGUGGCGAGACUGUGUCAGAAUCUGGGAGUGGGAAGCGCUUCGGUGGCGCAAUGCUCUUUGGCGGCGGUGUUGCUAUUAGAGAACCUUACGCAGCCUUGGACACACAAGGGAGUAUUGCGGAAUACUGGGGAGCCUUCGGUUACCUUGCUGAGAAGGUCCUUGGUGAAAAGUGGCAGGAGGUGACGCUCGUGGUGAAUACUAUGGCCGACACUGAAGGCAAUGGUAAAGUGAAGCAAGCAUUGCCCAAGGGCUUCCUUGAUGAUGCACAGGGAGUUUUUGCGGAGUUGUGGAAUGCCUGGCACUGCUCUGAAUCACGUUGGACGUUAGUCCCCAUGGCUGAUAUGACCUCCCGGCGAGAUCUCUACUUCCCUACCAUAAAUUCAAGGCCAGAAGACAGCAAAGUGCGACGGGGAAUGCCAGGCUUCGGGUACAUGAGUGAACUCAAUGGGCGUUUCCAGGACAUGCUAGUGGAAUCAUUGUCUGAAGACCACCGGUUAGCCUUGACUGCCGACAAGUUUCUUGCAGAGAUGGCUACAUUGAAAGCACGACUCCUACGCUGGACCCUGUGGAUGGUCCCACAGCGGUCUGUGGUUGAAUUCAUCAUGGACCGACUCAGAGAAGCAAGGUUAAAGCAGUGCAAGAAGAUGGACGACCGUCGUGGCACAACUGCUACUGCACCAAGGCAGUACCGACCCCAUCUUCAGUCAUUGCUCACGGCAUUUCUGCUUAUGCUUAAUGCCUCUCGUCCGGUGUCGGCUGCACUGUGCAAAGCAAGAGGCUUGGAUACUGCAGCAUCUGUUGUCGUGAUGCUGCAUGGUGCCUUGGACAUCACGUUGAUGGUGGCAACUUUAGUCCUGGCCAGUGAGGCACAUCCGGCCGAUCAGGAUGGUGCUGCAAUCCAAUCAUUGGUGGACAUCAUGCAGCAACUUUUCAUUGAGUUCGCUGAGGCGCUUAACCCAAAGCAUUUGAGUUCGCCGGACACCGUCCAAGAAACUCUUUUUACAGUGGUAGGGAACUUCCUAACCCAGAAUGGGGAAGGCUACCUUCAGCAGCUAAAGCAUGGUGUUAAGCCUGCAGCAGCCAUCGAACCGUACUACCUCUGCCGGAUUGCUGUGGGAGCCCUACUCUUCAUGCUUGCGUCUUCAACUUUGGCUGCAUCCCUUGCGACCGGAAAACCAAGAAUCCAAUCGCUCCUUGACGUUGGGCUCACAGGGCCUCUGCGCUUGCUUGUGGAUGUCGGGCCGAAGGAUGAGGAGGGCGUGGAGAAGUUUACUUUGGGGGUUCCGUUGCAGAUCAUGCUCCGGGGCAUUCUCUGCAGCACCAUAGUCGCCACGGUAUGGCGAGCUGCAGACUACGAACACGUACGCACUUGGUAUGCCAUGGUCUUCAAUGACGACCUAGAGAACUGCCGGAUUCUAAGUUACUAUAUGGCCAUA